AUGGAAAUAACAGAAGAGCAGUUGGCGACUCUAAAUGCCUCCACUGUAGAGCAGCAAUCAAAUAAUGUCGGAAUGAAGAACUCUACCCCUGAGAAAAUAUGUAACGGCUGUAAAAUGGAGAUUGCCAGCAAGUUCGUGAUGAAAGUAGGCGAUUAUUUCUGGCACCAGGAAUGCAUGGCUUGUAGCGACUGUGCCGAACAUCUUGAGCAGAAAUGUUUCUCAAGAGACGGGAUGGUAUUCUGUUCUAAAGAUUUCUACAGGCGUUUUGGACCAAAAUGCCCUGGCUGUAACGAUAUCAUAAGUCCUACUCAAAUCGUCCGUAAGAUCAAUAAUCGAGUAUACCACAUCAGCUGUAUGUGUUGCAUGGCUUGCAACAAGCAACUUGCUACAGGAGACAAGUUUUACUUGCUGGAAGACGGCCGAGUUAUUUGUAAUGAGGAUUAUACAGAGAAUGACCAAAUUUCAGAUUCCAGCCAAGAAAGAACCAAGCGAGCCCGCACAUUUAUCAGCACAAGCCAGCUGUCGUCCCUCAAACUAGCCUACUGCGCAACCCCAAAACCAACUUUACACGAACGCGAGCGAAUCGCCAAGGAAACUGGACUAGACAUGCGCGUUGUCCAGGUCUGGUUUCAAAACCGGCGAGCGAAGGACAGAAGGAUUAUGAACAAGGGUCGGUUUCCAUGGCUACAGACAGCAAACCGCAGGGCUAGGCAUAUGCGGUCACAGUCUUGGUCACCUGGGGUAAUGCGUUUUUCUGGCAUGACAGAGGAAGGGGAAUUGGAUGGUAAGGUCGUGUUCAGUUCGUACAAAACUCUUAGCAAAUUUAACUAG